AUGGUUAAUUAUGUCAUAAUAAUAUUUUUGAGAGUGGAUAAGAAGCAUACCGGCCAUUGGGAAAUUUCCAAAAAAGAAAAUUCAAAAAUUCAAACUCUGACGGAACAAUGUCUGAAACAGGAGUUGGAUUGUGAUCAGCUGUCAAAAAUCGAAAAAAUGGCUGUAAACCAUGUUUACUUGGUUGACCGGGACACCGAUAACAGUGUUUUUGCUGCAACAAAUGAGUUCUUUGAGCAGUUUCAACUUGACCAGCAAUUCCCUACGAUGACUGCAAGCGAUGUAAAAUUCAUUGAUCUCAUAGCUCAAAAUUUGAAAUCACAUAAAAAAGAAAGCGCAGUAGUAGCUGCUCUAAACCAUUUAGUGAGCUCGAAUAAAGAUAUGGCAGCAAAAAUUGUGUAUAAUAUGAAUUUCACAGCUCUGAUCGGCUACACUGAUAUGAAGCCUGAUAUCAAGUACAGGGCAAGAAUUGGAACAGCUGAUUUCGAUUUCUUGAUUUUCGAAGUAAAACAACCCAGAUCGAUUGCCGAAGAUGGUUUGUUCAAGGUAUCUAUUGAGCUACAACUCAUGCUCAAUCGUAUGGUCAAAAAAAAAUAUACCACAGCCUGUUGUCUACGGAGUUGUUAUAAAAGAAUGGAAUUGGUUGCUCCUUUAGUUUAUCUGUUUACUAAGAUACAGACACUCUAUAUUCCAAGAAGUGUGUACGACUUUCAUGUGUUACUAGGGGCCAUCCCUGCACUGCUGCAAUUAGAGCAGCUUGUAGUUAACGAAGUAUCAAAGGCCAGAAGAGACAUUAAUUCUGAUGAAAAUGAUAAGCUGGGCUGUGUAAGAUCACCUUUGACUCUCCUUAGAAAAUUUUAAACUUGAAAUAUGUAUAUUUUAUAAUAUUUUCUUACAAAAUUUGGUGACC